GGCGAUGUCGAUAGAAUACCCUACAACGGCGCAUCUGAGGCAUCGUAAAGCCAACUCAUUGAACAAAGUGCAAGAUGGUCAGACGCUUAGUUACAAGGAUCUCCACAAUCAACAGAAACAUCUCACAAUAAUCAAUAGAUUGCGUAUAUUCUUAUUGAAUGACGGUCUUAGCUAUUUAUUUAUUGCUGUAUGGGUUCUCAUCUCUAGUUUGGUAUUCGGUCUGGGCUUCGUACACUACGAUCUUAACGAUGAGUACGUCGGUGCGCGUACAAUAUUUGGUAAAUCGUUCGUAUCGGCUAAGAGUGCAGCUCUUUGUCUGCACAUCAAUAUCGCAUUUAUACUCUUCCCAGUUUGUCGUACCCUUGUUUCAUUCGCCAGGAGUACACCCCUUGGGCAGGUUAUUCCAUUUGAUAAGAACAUAGAUUUCCACAAGAUAGUUGGUUAUGCCAUUUGCUUCUUUACAGUUAUACAUGUUCUAUCGCACCAAUCAAACUUCGCUCGUUUGGCGAUCCACAAUGGAACAGGCUUCAAAGGUUUCUUUUUCAGUAACUUUGCUUCUGGUCCAGGUGCAACUGGCUGGAUUAUGUUGUUAUGUCUCAUGACCAUGCUAUAUUUCGCUCGCCAGAAGAAGCUUCGUAGAGCUAACGUCGGUUACGAACGCUUUUGGUAUUCACAUCACUUAUUCAUACCAUUCUUUAUCCUCUGGCAAUCGCACGGUAUGUUCUGUAUGAUACAGCCGGAUUCUCCACCAUAUUGCAAUUACAAUGUCGUCGGUGUAUUUUGGAAGUACUGGAUAGCCGGCGGUGUUAUUUACAUUGGUGAAAGACUUUUAAGGGAAUAUAGAGCGAGGAAGUUGACAUAUAUUAGUAAAGUCAUUCAACAUCCUAGCAAAGUUAUUGAAUUACAAAUACGCAAAGAGGGUAUUAGAACUCAAGCUGGGCAAUAUAUCUUCCUCAAUUGUCCAGCUAUAUCUCUCUGGCAAUGGCAUCCCUUUACACUCACUAGCGCACCUGAAGAGGAUUAUAUUAGUGUACAUAUACGUAUAGCUGGUGAUUUUACAAAAGCUCUAGCUGCCAAAUUAGGAUGCGAUUUAGAUCAAGAGGAUAAGGUGAUCGAAGGUGACGAUCCAAAUGGUGUGAAUGCUGGUGUAGUAAAUAAGGUACUCCCUCGUGUUAUGAUUGAUGGGCCAUUCGGUUCAGCCAGUGAGGAUGUCUUCAAUUACGAAAUCGCGGUUCUCGUUGGUGCAGGUAUUGGUGUAACACCAUUCGCUAGCAUUCUUAAGGAUAUCUGGUACAGGGCACACUGGCCAGAUCCAAACAAACCUACUAGAUUGUCUAAAGUUUACUUCAUCUGGGUCAUCCGUGAUUUCGGAUCUGCCGAGUGGUUCCAUUCCCUUCUGCAUGCGAUUGAAGAGCAAGAUCUUGACAACUACAUUGAGAUUCAAACAUACCUCACUGCAAAGAUCAAAGUUGAUGAUAUCCAAAAUAUCCUUGCACAUGAUAUCGGUAGUGAAAGAGAUGCAAUUAGUGGUCUUCGGGCACCAACAAACUUUGGAAGACCAAAUUGGGAUCGUAUUUUCCAAGGUAUUACAGCUAAGCAUCCAAAUACCGACGCCGGUGUCUUUUUCUGCGGUCCUCAAGCUCUUGGUUCUGCUUUACACAAGUGUUGCAACAAAUACUCAAACCCAAAGGGAACUAGAUUCUUCUUCGGUAAAGAAAACUUCUAGAAGUGGGACACUAUCUAGGAUUACAUAUAAGCAUUUUUUUACAUCACGAGGUUACUUUUUAAAUUCGCACACAAACUGUUGUAAAAAUA